CUAGAAAUUUGAGUUUUCACAGAAGAGUUGAGCUGACAGUGGUUUGAUUGAGCAGCAUCAGUUUCAUGUAUUUUGUACGUUUUUAAAGUGAUCACUUAAUUCUUUCAAUUAAUCUUUCUUCCCAUUUUGUAUUGAAUUAAAUGAGGUUGUAAAUUUCUAGCUUUUUUCCAGAUGUUUAACCCGAGAAUAGGGUUUUAUAGACAAGUCUCCAAUGGUGUUGAUUGAUGUUUGGAUGUGGCCUUGUCUUGCUUCUACACGAGGAGACAGGAUUGAUAUUAGAAGAGGGAUUUCUCUCCAAUGGCUUUCAACGUCUCCGGACCGAAAAAACUGAAGCAGGUGGGAAAAAUAAACUGGAAAAGAAGGAAAAAGAGCACAACUUUGUUAUUCUGGCACUGUUUCGUGAUUCAUACUGAUUUUUAUUCUGGAAAGGAAUUCUGCACCAUUUACGAGCUGUCUGAGCAAGGACUCUGCUCAGCCACCUUCAACAUAUGACUUUCAAAUGAAUCAAUGGUUGUGUGGAUACUUUCGAUACCAACUUUCAAGUUAUUUAGUAAAGAUUUUGUGGAAGAAAUGCAUUUCCAUUGGAAGCCAGGACGGACAAAACUCAUGCAUUCUAAAGCUCUCUCAGGAUGCAACGACGGGGAAGUUCUCCUGGCAGCAUUAUCGAACUGAUUUCAUCGUUGUGUUGGGCCUGCUACAUAUCAGAACUUUGGAAGCAACUUUUAAUCUUCCAGGUUACAACUCGUUGUAUGUUUGGGCAUUGGUGGAUCUCUUGACCCUUUCUCCCAAAACAAGUGAGGAUGUUGGGGAGACAUGGCCAGUUUGGAAGACUUCGUUGCUUGACACCCGCAUAGUUUAUGGAUGUUUGUAAAUGGGUGGAUAACUGAAAAAAGGAUGGGAAAGAGAUACCGUCUUUGAAUGAACAAUCAGACAUUGUUAUGGUGUUUGUGACUGCAUGAUUUGUCUUCAUGAACAGUUCACUUUUGGUCAGAUUGCUGCUUUUAUCACACAGGUGAUGACUGCAGGUUAAACUUAGACAAGAUUUAUGUAAUCCCACAACUUGAAUAGUGAAACAUAUGACUGCACAAUUGUCCCGUGGUUUUUCCUCCGGGGUUUUCCUCUGAGAUUUUCCAC